UACAACUUCAAAAAUUAAAUGAUAGGCGUUUCAAAAAAAAAAAAAAUUAAAUGAUAGGGAAAGUAUUGUUGGGCUGGAUUCAAACACCCCACACUGCUGAGGCCCGCCUCCACACUGCCGCCGUCUCUUUCUCUUCCUCACAAGCCUCAUUCCCCUCCAUUUCUAGAGACAGAGAGAGAUUUCUUGUUGCACUCACCAUGUCCAUCUCCCACACAUGAGCUGUGGCUCAAAGAGAGGUGAUAGAUUAAUCCCACGCUGCAUACUAUUUUAAGCUAAAUCGUCAGAAACUAUGACACUACUUCGCCAUUAACGCCACCUCCGUUACUCCUCAAACUCCCCAUUCUUCCUGCAUUCUCUUUCUCUGCCCAACUUCCCGAAAUUGUAACGAUUGGACUCAGCUGAGAAAUGGCCAUUUGAUUUAUUUAUUUUGCUUCUUUUUGUCGAGACAGAGACUACUCCGUUUGUUUGUUUUUUCGAUCGAUUACUGAAUUAAUCGGCUGUUUGCAUUUUCGGUUUGGUUUUCUUCUGAUUUUAGCGAUAGAAUGUUGACGUGCAUAGCUUGCUCGAAGCAGCUGAACGCCGCCGGAUCUCUCCCGGAGCCGCCUGAGGACGACGGAAGUGCUGCGGCUCCUUCCUCCAAACAGGCCAUCAAAACCCUCACUGCCCAAAUCAAGGACAUGGCUGUCAAGGCAUCGGGUGCAUAUAAGAACUGCAAGCCCUGUGCUGGUUCAUCAGGGCACGGCAAGGGCCGGGACUACUUGGACUCAGAUGCUGGCUCGGUGUCAGAGAGGUUCUAUGGCUCAUACAGAAGGGCUGGCAGUUCAGAGUCCACCCCACGGCUUUGGGGAAAGGAAAUGGAUGUGAAGUUGAAGGCUCUCUCGAGUGGCUAUGCUACACCAGCUUCAGUUAGCAGUAGAAGUGAGGCGUUUGUUCUUAUGGAGGAAGAUGAGCCGAAAGAAUGGGUUGCACAGGUUGAGCCUGGGGUGUUGAUUACAUUUGUUUCGUUGCCACAGUGUGGAAAUGAUAUUAAGAGGAUCAGAUUCAGCCGAGAGAUAUUUAACAAGUGGCAAGCUCAAAGGUGGUGGGCGGAGAACCAGGAUAAAGUAAUAGAAUUAUACAAUGUUCAAAAGUUCAGUCGUCAUGCAGUACCAGUGCCAACUCCUCGAUCAGAAGAUGAGAAUUCAAAAGUUGAAUCGAUGGAGGAUACCCCUGAGACACCUCGACUGAGCAAGGAGCGUCUUCCUCACCACUUUUGUCAGAGCUUUACCGAACAGCACCCAAUGCAAUCUCGUCAGUACUAUGAUUCUGGCGGUCUUAACUCAACACCAAAAGUCUCCAGCGCCAGUGCUGCAAAAAUUGAGACGUCAUCCAUUGAUGCUUCUGCACGUUCAAGUUCUUCAAGGGAGAUUGAUCACUCUGGAGAGCUUUCAGUUAGCAAUGCUAGUGAUUUAGAGACUGAGUGGGUUGAACAAGAUGAGCCUGGAGUCUACAUUACCAUCAGAAUACUUUCAAAUGGUGCUCGAGAGCUUAAAAGAGUGCGGUUCAGCCGAGAAAGAUUUGGAGAAUCUCAAGCAAGAUUGUGGUGGGAAGAGAACAGAUUGAGGAUUCAACAGCAAUACUUGUGACUUUUGGCAAACUCAGUAGGAAGAUACACUUACCAUUCUCAUGAAUUCUUUAACUAAAAGCUACUAAGUUAUCAACGGGUGCUGCAUUCUUCCAAUUCUAGUGUGUCGAAAUUUCGCCUUGCUAUGGUGAAUUUCUUGAAAUCACCCUUUUCUUGAGAAAAAAGCAAUGAUCAGGGUGCGGAUAACUUUAUUGUCUGUUGAAACUUAUACCAUACAACACAAUGAAAAUUUGUGGACAUUUAUGUGGCUUCUACUUCUAGUUAGUGGAAAAUCAGCAACACAUGUCAAUCGUUUAGUUUGCCGAAGUCUUGAACCUGUAAUUAUCAUUGUGUACGAAUCUCAUGUUUCAAUUCAUCAACGCGUCUAAGAUUUACACA